AUGGCUUCCUCUAUGAUGUCUGUGUUCUUGAUGCUGACUCUGCUUGCUGCGACAGCCAUUGCCCAGGGUCCAACGGCAGCUCCCAAGGUUGCGCCAACCGCCUCUCCACCAUCCUCCUCGUCCCCGCCUUCUACCCCACCGACGAAGGCUCCCACCGUCUCCCCACCUUCUGCUUCCCCGCCUUCCACCCCCCCACCCACCAAAACUCCUGCAUCCUCCCCUGCACCUUCAUCCUCAUCCCCAUCUCCUUCCAGCGCGGCCCCUGCCUCCUCCCCCUCCGUGAGCUCUCCUCCAUCCCCACCAUCAUCUCCCACUCCCGCCAGCACACCAAGCUCCAGCCCACCGGCCGCCAGCUCCACCCCCGGCUCGGCUGCUCCUUCAUCCCCACCAUCGUCUCCAGCUUCCUCCGCCGGACAGCUGCUUUCCGUCCACAGGGUCGCCGCCGCCGGAUCUGCAUUGCUCGGUGCCGCUGCCGUCUUCCUCUUCUGA